AUGACGACAAAUCCAGUCUUGUUGGCCGCCGGCAGCAUCGUCGCGUGGUACGUGAUAUCGAGCCUCUGGACCUGGUAUCGGCUCCGACAUAUCCCCGGCCCCAAGCUCGGCGCCUUUUCGUACCUCUGGGUGGCGUGGAAGGUGGCGCGCGGGCGCGGCAUGGACUAUGAGCACCUGUCCAAGUACGGCCCCGUGGUGCGCGUCGGGCCAAACUACGUGGUAAUCGACGACCCCAACGACCUCCGCCGCCUCAAUGGCAACCGGACCCAGGACGCCCGCCGCGAUGACUGGUACUCGGCCACCAAGAUGGAGCCGGACCACAACAUGCUCCUCAGCGUGCUCGACGCCAAGUCGCACGACUCCCUCAAGGCGCGGGUCUCGUUUGGCUACAGCGGCCGUGACAAUAUCGACUUUGAUGUUGCCGUCAAUGACCAGAUGACGCAUUUUAUUGACGUCCUGCGGCAUAGAUUCGUGUCCCGGCCCGGCGGCAGCAGCGCUGGCAGUGACCAGGUCAAGGCCCUCGACUUUGCCCAGUUCAUCCGGUACUUUACCCUCGACACCAUUACCAAGAUUGCCUUUGGCCAGGCGUUUGGCUUCAUGGAUCACGACGGAGAUCUCUACGGCUACACUGACGAGGUCGAAAGGCUGCUCGGCGUGCUGGCCCUUGCCGGUGAUGUGCCCCUGUUGCGUCAUAUCUUUACGACUCCCGUCCUGGCACAAUGGUUUGCUGCCAGACCUACGGCUUCAAAUGGCGUGGGCAAACUUCUCGGAAUUGCCCAUGAGAUUAUAGAUAAUCGCAUGGCAAAAAAGGACGCGGAGGCGCCCGAUAUGAUUGGAUCGUUCAUGAAACAUGGAAUGGAUAUUCGAGAAAUCAAAAAUGAGACCAUGCUCCAAAUCCUUGCUGGGUCGGACACGACAGCCACGGCUAUUCGUUCCACAAUGUUGUACUUGAUGACCAGUCCGAGGGUAUACCAACGGUUGAAGAAUGAAAUCAAACAAGCCGUUGCUUCUGGCGUCUCGAAACCCAUCAGUGUCGAUCAGGCUAAACAGUUGCCAUAUCUCCAGGCUGUCAUCUUUGAAGGUCUCCGCAUGCGGCCCCCAACUACCUAUGGCUUCUACAAGAUCAUGCCCGGCAGUGGCGAAUAUAUACAAGACAAGUUCAUUCCGGGCGGCACUGCGGUAGGGUGGAAUAUGCCGUCGCUCAUGCGCCGGGAGGAUUUAUUUGGACCCGACACACAGCUCUUCCGUCCGGAGCGCUUCCUCGAAUGCACCGAGGAGCAGCGAGCCGAGAUGAUACGGAACGUCGAGCUCUGCUUUGGCUACGGCCGCUGGAUGUGUGCCGGCAAGAUUCUGGCCCUGGUCGAGCUGAACAAGAUGUAUUUCGAGCUGUUGCGAGAAUUCGAAUGGCAAAUUGUUUACCCAGGAAAUGCCUGGAGUGAGAAAGCCUACACUGUAUAUUCGCAGCGGGAUAUGUGGGUUUCAGUCACAGAGGCAGAAGCCGCAUGA